AACCUGUAUCUGAUUUUAUCAAUCACAGACUCACAGGUGCAGUUAUUAUAAUCUAUAUAUUUUGCAAAACCUGCCUGCUCCAUUUUUAUGCCCAGAUCCGGUUCGGGUCCUUAUCACUAAGAUCCAACAAUUUCACAACUUCAAGGACCUGAUUUUUCCUUCGAUUUACGAACCCAGGAAAUUAGAUUGAAAAGAUAUCGGUUGUUAAAAUCCGAACUGCAUCAGGAAACAUGUCUCAAUACCAUGGUGAUGAAAUGGACUAUGCGGCAGAUGAUAAUGAAAUGGCAGAGGUAGAAGAUGACAUGUAUUUUCGCGGCAGAGCAUUUGGUGAAUCAGAUUCAGAUGACGAUGACGACUACGAAUAUGACCCUUUGGAGGACCGAAUAACAGAUACCACUGCUGCAGAAGCUAGGAGGGGGAAGGAUAUCCAAGGUAUACCUUGGGAUAGGUUGACCAUUAGUCGCGAGAAAUAUAGACAAACCAGACUAGAGCAAUACAAGAAUUAUGAAAAUAUACCGCAAUCUGGGGAAAUGUCAGAGAAGGAAUGCAAAGCAACAGAUAAAGGGGGAAAUUAUUAUGAUUUCUGGCAAAACACUAGAUCUGUGAAGUCAACAAUACUUCAUUUCCAAUUGAGGAAUUUGGUUUGGUCAACAUCAAAACAUGACGUAUAUCUUGUUUCAAAUUACUCAAUUGUUCACUGGUCUUCAUUAAGUUCUAAGAGUUCUGAAGUCUUGAAUGUAGCAGGGCAUGUAGCUCCGUGUGAGAAACAUCCUGGAAGCCUCUUGGAAGGUUUUACUCAGACACAAAUUAGUACACUGGCAGUGCGUAAUAACUUGUUGAUUGCUGGAGGGUUUCAAGGAGAACUUAUUUGCAAGUACUUAGACCGGCCUGGAGUUAGUUUUUGUACUCGAACUACAUAUGAGGACAAUGCAAUCACAAAUGCUGUGGAGAUUUAUGAUCAUCCGAGCGGAGCUGUUCAUUUCAUGGCUUCUAACAAUGACUCUGGAGUUAGAGACUUUGAUAUGGAGAGGUUUCAGCUUUCAAAGCAUUUUUCCUUUCCUUGGCCAGUAAAUCAUACUUCAUUAAGCCCUGAUGGGAAACUACUUGCAAUUGUUGGAGACAACCCAGAAGCACUACUGGUGGAUUCUCAAACAGGAAAGACUAUCACACCUUUGCAUGGACACUUGGAUUUCUCAUUUGCAUCUGCAUGGCAUCCUAAUGGGCAAAUAUUUGCUACCGGGAACCAAGACAAAACAUGUCGUGUUUGGGAUGUUCGGAACUUGUCAAAAUCUGUUGCUGUUCUUAAAGGCAACCUUGGAGCUAUACGUUCAAUACGUUUCACAUCUGACGGGCAGUUCAUGGCGAUGGCAGAGCCAGCCGACUUCGUGCAUGUUUACGAUGCAAAGCAUGGGUUUGAAAAGGAGCAGGAGAUUGAUUUUUUUGGGGAGAUCUCUGGUGUGUCCUUUAGCCCUGACACAGAAUCACUUUUCAUUGGUGUUUGGGACCGCACCUAUGGAAGCCUUCUACAGCUGAAUCGACGCAGAAAUUACAUGUAUCUGGACUGCUUGUAAAUUUGUAACCUUACACCUUGUAAGUACCUACAGUCUAUGUUGUGUUGUGUAGUGUUUAGGAAUUUGAGUUUGGUGGUACCAUCUUAGCCAAAGAAGAAAAACUGGUGGAUUGCCUCAUCAUACAUUUUAGAAGAGCAUGGGUUGAGGAUGUUACAGUUGUUUGAGGUACACCUUCAUGCUAAAUAACAUUGUCUUGGAAUGUCUGUUUUUCAAUCUUGGGAUGGUAAUAAAUUGGAGGAAGUUUGUACA